AUGGUGCUGCAUACAGAUUUGCAGCAAGAUACGGUUGUACAUUCUGUUCCCAAUAAAUUAGGCUUUCAAUGGGGCCUGUUGUUAAAUGAUUCGUUUCCGUUUCCUCCGGUCUUUGACCAGUCGAUUGUAUCUAUCGGUCGUUUCGAGCGGAUAUCACAAGAAUUCGGACCCGAUGGCAUAUACGAAGCGUUGUUAUCAGUUAAACAAACCGGAGAUCGUGUUGCUGUCGAUUCAGGCGAUACGGACGCUUUGCCGGUCCCGAUUCGGAGGCCAGCCUAUUGUCCAUUCGCUGCCCGAAACCAAACAUUGCGCUCACACAUUCCGCCUGCCCAGUUGCCUUCCGGUCGUGUACACAUCCCCGUGGCUAGUGCCUGCCUGCUCGAGAGUCCUCGUAAAGAUGCCCUGCUUCUGACUCAACGUCCAUGGCACAUGCGCACCUAUCCGGGCUUAUGGGUUCCCCCCGGUGGUCAUUCAGAACCCGGAGAGUCUAUCGCGGUAAACGUUAUCCCUGGUAUCGCUGGUAUCAUGGAAUUGUUCGAUUCUUUCUGCCGAUAG